ACGAACUUUUUAUACAAGUACGUAAGUGAAUCAUUAUAAUAGUCAAAAGGUUAAGUAUUCCGGAUAUGUAGAUAUCUGAUUUUUUUAUUUACAAACAUACAGUUCACUUUGACUUGAUGUUUGAAUGCCGAAAACACUUUGACACGAUGUUUCAACGGUUGCUGCGAAUGCUUAUAUUCAUAAUCAUAUCUAGGUACACCACUGGAGACUUGUGCCCAGGUACGUACAAAGGUUGCUGCCCGGGCUUUAGCUUGAAUUCGACAACUCAACAAUGUGAACAAUGUAUGGCAGGCUACGUUGGGUGGAACUGUUCAACACCGUGUCCGUAUCCUACAUACGGAGUGCGCUGUCAAGGAUAUUGUAACUGUUACAAAGACUUGUGUGAUAUUUCUAUGGGAUGUAUUAUUCGUACCACAGCUCAAGCAGGAUGCAUCACUGGGUACGUUGGUGAAAACUGUCGAGAAAAAUGUACGUAUCCCUAUUACGGUAUGGAAUGUCAAAAUCAGUGCGACUGUGAUGAGAACAGAUGUGAUUUCUCAACCGGAUGUACAAAUUAUACAAAAGGUUCUGAACUCUUUGGACCGUGUUCAAUGAGAUAUCAGCACGACUUUAACAAUCCGUAG